GAUGCGCGCGGUGGCUUUCUUCAGACCACUUCAGACUACGUCGUUGCGUCGCAUCGGAGCUUUGUGAAGUUGAUACGAGAACUGCGUCCUAAUAAUGAUCGGUCUCUUAUCAUAAUACACCGCAGGUACGCGGCGCGCAGUCACUCACACACACACGCACGCACGCACGCACGCACGGCGGAACAGACGGACAAACGCACCAAUACGCACGUUAGUCGUCUUGGCAACUGUGCAACAAGCGAAACACUUUGUGCGUUACUAUGCUAUCGCGAGCCGCUGGACUGAAAAACUCAACGAUAGACAAGCGCAUCGUAACGCGUUUUUCUUUACUGUGUUGUUUCUUUGAACGCAAUGCGUUCACCGGGAAAACUGCGCUUUUCGCCGUUUGUUGAGAUGCGAUUUAAUUCAUGAUCGCAUGUUCACGGUGUUCAGACUUUGCGAGGAGAUACAGAAAACAGAUAGAAACCUGAGCACAGUAAGCCCUGAGCACUGAGCCAGAACGGAGUGAGUAGCUCUGAGAGUGAUCGUGCCGGCCUUUAUCCGCCUUUUAUCCUGUAACCAACGGCAAAAUACCGCCGUGCAUUAGCGCCAACUGAGAAAAUGGAUAUCAACUGCAUAGCAACAUCCACUUUCCUACACUGCAGGUGAAUGGACACGCGGAAAUGCUCACUUUGCAGUUUGGACAAUGCGGGAAUCAACUCGGAUGUGAUCUAUUCUCGAAAGUGUCCUCCGAUAUAGGAAGUUCGAGCACUGGCGUUUCUUAUGGUGCGAAUUACGAGUAUGCGGAAAAUACAAUCGAGAAAUGGUUCGACGGUAUCGCAGAGUGCGGUCGACACUUUGCAAAGGCAAUUCUCGUCGAUACCGAAGAGAAGGUCGUGAAUAAGGUAUGCAAGAACGUAAACGCGUCGUGGCUCUAUCGAACGAGUAAUGUCGUUUGUCAGUCUGGUGGUGGUUCCGCCAACAACUGGGCUUAUGGCUAUACGAUUAAUAGUCGACGCUUGUCAAACACCGUACUGAAUGUUACGCGACAGGAGAUUGAGAAAUUAGAUCGAUCGCAGGGAUUUCUUCUGCUUCUUAGUUCAGCUGGUGGUACAGGAUCCGGUAUAGGAAGUCACAUGGUUGAGCUUCUACGAGAGGAGUAUGAAACUGAGCCUAUUAUUGCAACGAUUGUAUUACCAUUCACCUUCGGAGAAGUUUGCACUCAAAAUUAUAAUACUAUACUGACUCUAGCCAAGUUCUCAGAUAGAGUAGAUUUUUCCAUGUUAUUCGAGAAUGAACAGAUGCAUUCUAUGUGUACCAAUUUAUUGAAGAAUGCUAAUACCACAUUGCAUGACAUGAAUAGCAUCAUUUCUGAGAAUCUACUUGCUGUUUUUCAACCUAGCAACAAUGUAAGAUGUAACACAAAUUUUUUAAUAUCCAAAAUAGCUACUCAUCCCAAUUUUAGAUUUGUAACAGUCAAGAGUACUCCACAUACUCCUGCAGCAUCUCUGCAGUAUGAACCUACACACAAAUGGGAAGUAUAUAUACGUCAUUUGAAGGAGACUCUUCGAGUAUCAAAGUCACAAGUGGAAUUAACUAAUGCCCAACUAAAGAUACCAAACCCUAUGCUAAGCAAAACAAUAAUGUCUCACAUAUAUAGUCCUUGUGUGUCUAAUGUUCUUGUAACGCGUGGCAGAUCUGUGGAAAAUGAUGUUAUUGCAUUGGAAGAUUUGCAGAAAAAACAUCUAUACCCAGAGUGGAUUACUUUGAAUUCCUUUACUCAUUUGCAUCAAGAACGUAGGUUUCUGAACCGAGAUAAAUUUCUGGCGUUGGUUAGCAAUAAUUCCGAAAUACAUCGUCCAUUGGACAUGUAUCUAAACAAAGCAUGGGACUCUUACAAAUGUGCAGCUUUCUUGCAUCAAUAUAAACAAUUUGGUUUGGAGGAAGAUGAUUUCUUGCAAGCUUUUGCAAAAGUAGAAAACGUAGUGCAGGAAUAUAAAAACCUAAAAAGGCACAAUGGAAAUUGAAUUUUCUUAGACUGAUAUUCACAGU